CCAAACAACCUUUUGGGGUCUCGCUCGGCAUGUCUCGCUUAUUUCGCUUUGGAAUUUCACGUUGACGCCGCAGUCAGCGGUAGCAGAGGCAUCGGCAGCGGCGGCAGCAGCGACACGGACCGAAAAUAAAAGCGUUAACCGCUCUCCUCCAGUGCAGCAGCAGCAGCGGACCCAGCCAGUAGCCAGCAGCUAAUCACCACAUCCCAGAUUCAGUUUCCAGUUCGAACUACACUCGAAUCUCAAAAAUGACCACCUACUUCAACUACCCCAGCAAGGAGCUGCAGGAUGAGCUGCGCGACAUCGCCCAGCGAAUCGUUGCCCCCGGCAAGGGAAUCCUCGCCGCUGAUGAGUCCGGCCCAACCAUGGGCAAGCGUCUGCAGGACAUCGGCGUGGAGAACACCGAGGACAACCGCCGUGCCUACCGUCAGCUGUUGUUCAGCACUGACCCCAAGCUGGCCGAGAACAUCUCUGGAGUGAUCCUGUUCCACGAGACCCUCUACCAGAAGGCCGACGAUGGCACCCCCUUCGCCGAGAUCCUGAAGAAGAAGGGCAUCAUUCUGGGCAUCAAGGUCGACAAGGGUGUGGUCCCACUGUUCGGCUCCGAGGAUGAGGUCACCACCCAGGGUCUGGAUGACCUGGCUGCCCGUUGCGCCCAGUACAAGAAGGACGGUUGCGACUUCGCCAAGUGGCGUUGCGUACUGAAGAUCGGCAAGAACACCCCAUCCUACCAGUCGAUCCUGGAGAACGCCAAUGUCCUGGCCCGCUACGCCUCCAUCUGCCAGUCGCAGCGCAUCGUCCCAAUUGUGGAGCCCGAGGUUCUGCCCGAUGGCGAUCACGAUCUGGACCGCGCCCAGAAGGUCACCGAGACCGUCCUGGCCGCCGUCUACAAGGCCCUGAGCGACCACCACGUCUACCUGGAGGGUACUCUGCUGAAGCCCAACAUGGUCACCGCCGGUCAGUCGGCCAAGAAGAACACCCCCGAGGAGAUCGCCCUGGCCACCGUGCAGGCUCUGCGCCGCACCGUUCCCGCCGCCGUUACUGGCGUGACCUUCCUGUCUGGAGGUCAGUCCGAGGAGGAGGCCACCGUGAACCUGAGUGCCAUCAACAACGUUCCCUUGAUCCGCCCAUGGGCCCUCACCUUCUCGUACGGUCGUGCCCUGCAGGCCUCCGUCCUGCGUGCCUGGGCUGGCAAGAAGGAGAACAUCGCCGCCGGCCAGAACGAGCUGCUCAAGCGCGCCAAGGCCAACGGUGAUGCUGCUCAGGGCAAGUACGUUGCCGGAAGCGCUGGUGCCGGAUCCGGAUCCCUGUUCGUGGCCAACCACGCCUACUAAGGCGUUUGGGUGGACCUUGGCUACACGCAACUACAAAAAAAAUACGAAGCAGAUUGCUGGAAAAGUUUGGCAGAUUUGUUUAUUUUUACCUUAGUUUCGAGAGCUAAGCAAAGCAAGCAUUACAAAAAAUAACAAAAAAAAAAGAAAAGAUGAACGAUUACACUUUCAAAACUUGUUAUAUAUAUGUAGUACGUGACAUUUUUGCAAGUUUAUUAUACUAUAACAUUAUUUUAGAGAACAACUAAAUGAUGAGUGCAGAAGAAAGGAACGCAUAUGUUCGAUGGAGAAACAAUUUUAUCUUUAGUUUUAAGCACAUGAACCUAUUAUUGUUGAAGUUAUUACAUUUUUAUUCUAUUAUCAUGAUUAUGCAAGAUUUCAAUGAAAACAAAAAGAUAUGUCGUAAAUCGCUAGGCUAAAACACAUUUUAUGGUGAAAACAACAGCAAUCACCAUCAACAACACCUAAAUGUAUAAGGCUUGUAACAUUGAAGUCGCACAACGUUUUUGAAUUUUUUUAAUGUUUUAUAAAAAGAUCCACUAUGAAAAUCGAUGUUUUACCAUUAUAAUUAUUAUUAAACUUUAUAUUUAUGAUUGAUAAGUAUAAGUGAAACAAAUGACGAGAAUAAACAAACACAUUAAAAUAAACCCGAAAAGCCCCCAAACAACUUUAUUAACCUUAUAUACAUAUAUUUACAUUGUUAAAAGAGAACUUGUUGUUGCAAAAUACUAAAAGAAAUAUAUGAAUUUAUAUAUUCAA